AUGGCUUCUGAGCUAGACACUGGGGCUCAAGUCAAUGAGGGGGUUUCUUUUGAUGACAUGGAUAAAGACAAUAAGAUAAACAUGGAUAAAAAGGAGAAUGAUGAUGAUAUGGUUUUGCCAAAAUGGGAGGAGCAUAAGGAAAUGCAGAAGGAAGAAGAAGUGGAGCCUAAGGGAAAUUCAAGGAUGGAGGAGUUGCAGGCCCUGGAUAGUGAGGAAACAAAAGCACUUGAACAAUCUUUGAGAGAAGGAAUAGGGUGGGAAAAGUACAUAAAACUUAAUGUACUUUCUCUCAAUACAAUGGAUUAUCAGAUGGAGGCAAUUUAUCCUAGGACAACUUGGGUGAUGCCUAUGGGCUAUGAAGUUGAAGAAGAUCAUUUGGUUGCAUAUGCAGAACACUUGCUUGCACAACCAGUAGAUACUAGUGCAGAAAGGUUUGGUACUUAUAAAGAUAAAUCUUUACUAGUACAUAAUGAGCUUGCCAAUCCGGAGACACCUAUAGAGGCAGAGAAGGAUAAACCUUCCAAGAUACAAUUCAAGAGAAAAGGUAAAGUCGUUAAGCCCCCUGCACCUAUAGCACCCAAGGUGAAAGAAUUUUACAGGAAGAGGAAAAAGGAGAAAGAAAAGAAACCGAUAGGUGAUGCUGAAGAAGAGACUAAAUCCGAAGGUGAGAAGAAAGCUUUGAGAGUUAGUGGCAAAAAUUCAAAGGUUGUAGGAGCAUCUACUGUCAAAGCCAUAAAGAAACCAGUAACUAAGCUUACAGUUUUUGAAAAGAUGUUAAUGCAUAUUAAGGAAUAUGGUGUUCUUAAGGCCACAAAGGAGGAGAUAGAUGAAAUUCUUGUAAAGGCUAAAUCAUCUUGUAGAUCCAAUAAAAGGUUGACAAGAGUGUUAAUUGGUGAGAUCCAAUCAAUCCAUAUGGAAACUGAGCAGAUAUUGAAAAAUUUACUGGGUUUGAUUCCUAAUGAGGAAGAAGAGAAACUAGAGAACUUUGAGACAAAAGAUAUUCUGAACAAUGUUGAUAUUAGUGAUUUUACACCUGAUGAGAUUGUUAUGGGAAACCAACUGGUAGAUGAAGGAGAAAAGAUAGAAUCAGCAAAGUUUAAAACUAAAAUAGUUAUAAUUCUAGAUGAUGAUACCGGUAUUGAGGAGGAAAAGAAAGAUAAUACUAACGAUAUACAGGUUGAAGGUGUUCAGAUUAUUGAACAACAGGAACAAGAACUAAAGAGAGGAGAAGAAAAGAAGACUGAGAAAGCACCACCGGUAAUCAUUGAAAUAGUUGAUAAACAGAUACCACUGGUGAAGGACAAGGAGAAGACAUAA